CGCUCCCGCCUGGCCACCCCGCGUCUUAUUUCAUCAUCUGUGUUUGAUAUUAAAUCAUGGGGAGGAAGCUGGAUCUGUCUGGUCUGACGGAUGAUGAAACAGAGCAUGUUCUCCAGGUGGUUCAGCGGGACUUCAACCUUCGGAAAAAAGAAGAAGAACGACUAAGUGAGAUGAAGCAGAAGCUGGAUGAGGAAGGCAGCAAGUGCAGCAUCCUUUCCAAACAUGAGAAGUUCGUGGAGCACUGCUGCAUGCGCUGCUGCUCGCCCUUCACCUUCCUUGUCAACACCAAGCGCAGGUGUGGGGACUGCAAGUUCAACGUCUGCAAGAGCUGCUGCUCAUACCAGAAGCAGGAGAAGGUCUGGGUGUGCUGCGUCUGCCAGCAAACCAGGCUACUGAGGACCCAGUCUCUGGAAUGGUUCUACAAUAAUGUGAAAAGCCGCUUCAAACGCUUUGGCAGUGCCAAGGUCCUGAAGAACCUGUACAGGAAGCACCGGCUAGAGAGCGGAGCCUGCUUUGACAUUCUGGGAGGAAGCUCAUUUGAGGCAAAUCUUGAGAAUGAAGAAAGUAUUUCCGGAAGUGAUUCAACGUUUUAUAGGCAGUCAGAAGGACAUAGCAUGAUGGACACAUUGGCUGUCGCCCUACGGGUGGCUGAAGAGGCCAUCGAGGAGGCAAUUUCCAAAGCAGAAGCCUAUGGGGACAGCUUGGACAAGCAGAAUGAGGCAAGUUACCUGCGGGACCAUAAGGAGGAGCUGACGGAGGAACUGGCCACAACAAUCCUGCAGAAGAUCAUAAGGAAACAGAAGAGCAAAAUCGAGCAGCUAGUGGAAGAAGAGCCAGCAUGGCCACAGCCCUGGAGCUGCAGGACUAAGGUGACUGAUGAGACCACAUCCUCCCCAGGAGGCCGCCGCACUCACAGUCCCCUCUGGCGGUCCCAGCCUGCCUUCCCACUCGUGGCAGAGGAUGCCCUGGAGGCCUCUUGCCUGGAGGCUGCGUCGAGGCAGCCGAGGGAACCGGGCCAGCAGCUCAGGGAGGAGCCCGCAUUGCCCAACUGGGACAGCAUGGACAGGCCGGACCAGACAAACCUGGCCCCAUUUUUUCAGAGCCCAGACGGGAACUGGGUGGCCUUGAAGGAUGGUGCUCUGUCCCCCAACCACCUGCUGGCCAAACCUACGAGUGGCACAUUUCAGGCCCUGGAGGCGGCCUCCAGCACAGCGUCUGCCUACGAUGAGAUGGGCUCCGACAGUGAGGAGGACUUCGACUGGAGCGAGGCCUUGAGCACGCUGUGUCCUCCGCCCCCAGGACUGCCCAGGAAACCCCAGCCUCAGCCUACGCAGGCCCAAGGUCUCUCAGGGCUCUUUCCCAACCUCGAGGCCAUGUGCUCUGACUCAGAGACCUCCUCAGCAGGCUCAUCCCGGGAAGCUGGGCGCCGGGCCAGACUGUCCUGGCUGCAGAGGAAGGCCCCCAGGAGCCCUGCUGCAGAGAAGCUGGGCCUUCAGGGGGAGCUGGAUGUGAACUUCAACCCCCAGGCAGCCAGCAGGGAGACCUCGGACAGCAGCGAGCCGGAGGAGGCCCCGCACACCGCAGACUGGCGGGCCAGGAGGUGGAGAAGAAGCCGGGGGUGCUCAGAAGAGACAAACAAGGAAUUACCUUCCCCCAGCGCCCAUCCACAAGAGCUGGGCACACAUCAGGUGCCGGCAGAUUUAUCAGAAACUGACAUCAGCAAUGACACUCAGGACUCUCAGACGGGCACAGGCGCCAUGGAGGAGAAACUGAGAAACAGGUUGUAUGAGUUAGCAAGGAAAAUGAGUGAGAAGGAGACUUCUUCAGGGGAAGAUCUGGAGUCGGAGCCUAAGACAGAAUCUGAGAACCAGAAGGAAAGUCUGUCCUCUGAAGACAACAGCCAGAGUGUCCAGGAAGAGCUGAAGAAGAAGUAUUCUGCUGUUUCUCUCUGCAACAUCUCCACAGAAGUCCUGAAAGUCAUCAAUGCCACCGAGGAGUUGCUAGCUGAGUCUGCGGGUCCCUGGGAGUGCCCACCUGUCCCUCCUGACAGAGAGAAAGGGAUGUUUCCUCUGGGGACAGACCAAGUGAGACUGGAUGAGCAGCUGACUUCCCUGGAAGAAAACGUAUACCUGGCAGCGGGCACCGUGUAUGGACUGGAAGGCCAGCUGACUGAGUUGGAGGACGCCGCCCGCUGCAUCCACAGCGGCACAGAUGAGACCCAUCUGGCGGAUCUAGAGGACCAGGUGGCCACGGCCGCAGCCCAGGUCCACCAUGCUGAGCUCCAGAUCUCUGACAUCGAGAGCCGGAUUUCAGCCCUGACCAUUGCGGGAUUAAACAUAGCACCCUGCGGGCGCCUCACAAGAAAACGGGACCAGAAGCAAAGGAGCCAGGUACAAACCAUAGACACUUCGAGACAGCAGAGGAGGAAGCUGCCUGCUCCACCAGCGAAAGCUGAAAAAGUUGAGACAUCUUCAGUGACCACCAUUAAAACAUUUAACCGUAACUUCAUUCUCCAAGGCUCCUCAGCAAACAGGACUGCAGAAAGGAAGAACACCACCAAGGAUUUGAUGGAUCCCACCCUGGAGUCGGCUGUGAUGUAUUAACACCAUGGACCUCCACUGCCAGUGACCCACUGCCUCCGGCCGAACACGACAGUGCCUUGACCCAACAGCCAUUGAAUAUUGUAUGGAUUUCCCCUGAGGGCAGGGCCUGGGGGGCCGCCACAUGUCCUUGCACAGGGCUGCCCUGAUACCUCACCCAGAAAGCAGUCCAGACUUCGGCACUGCAGUCUUGCCCACUCUGCCUUAGGCUCCCAGGGAAUCCAAGACAGAAAAGAAAACCAAGAUGCUGGCUUCCAACAGCAGAGCUCCACGUUCAAAAGAUGCACCCUGCCCCUCUUGGCUUUGCCCCUGAGUGUUGUCUUUAAGAUCUUUUAUUUUUUAAUCCUUUGAUCCAACGAGAAUUUAACUGUCAACAGGUUGACCAAAGGAAAAAUUGCUGGGGUGGACGGGUGGUGGAGGGAAGGGAGAUGAUUAUUAUUACGUAAUUCAUCAUCAAGUCUUAUUUAAUCUCUCACAAGCAUGUGUCUUGCAGUUGCUAAGGGAAAAGGUGAGCUGUUCCCUGUAGGGAGCACUGGGGACUGUGUAAUUUGGGGACACGCAACCAUCAGGAAUGCAAACUCACUUCAGUCACCUCCUUCCUGCUAAGCUCCUAAACCUCUAAGCAGCCCCUACCCCCCACCCCCCACCCCAGCUCCCAGUCAUGGUCAUUGCUUUGCAAUCACAAGCCACAGAGUGGAAAGCUCUGGCUCACUCAUGCCGUGUCCAGGUCUAUCUGAGACAUUGUCUCAUUGAGAAUUUAGGGUCCUUCCUUGGACUGACUGGAAGUUUCCCCUCACAAGGGGGUGGGGGGUGGGGACUUGAGAAGGCCCACCAUUGGCUUAAUUUAGGGCACUGUCCAGAAUCAACAGGAUGUGGUUUAGCAAUGAGCCCAUCUACAUGAGGCUUAGGUGACUGGUUAUUGCCGAUUAUAACCACAUGAUAAAAUGUUAACCUCCAAAAUUCACUUGCCAGUAAUGAUUCAGCAAAAGUAGGAAAGUGAUCUUAAAGAUGAAAAAUGGUUAAGGAACAACCUUAGCAAACUUACAGGUAUGAGAAAAAAAGGAAAGAGGCGCCAAAUUGAAUGGACACAAGAGUCAUCACUAACUCUGCAUUUGUGGUCUCAAAUGCGUGACUAUUUUGAGUGUGUGUAUAAAAGCGAAUGCAAGUGGAAUUUCACACAAUUGAGCAUUAUUAGCAAUCUUUUUUUUUUGUUUUGUUCUUGAUAUACUUUGAAUCUGAGGAAGAAAGCAAAAGACGGAAACAGUAUGACUAUGUUGAUUAAGUGGCCACCCUGAAGGAGGCCAUCUUCCUCUUACUUCAAUCCUUAUAACAACCUUAGUCUGCUGGUACCCCCAUUUUCCAUAUUUGGAAACUGAGGGCCAGAGAGAUUAAUUUACCAACAUCACACCUUGAAGCCAAGGAUAUGAUCAGAACAUAUCACAAAACCUCACGUGGUGUUUUUUCAGCUUCUAUGUUUUUUGCUGUCCUGCACAUUUCCAGACCUGACUUGCUGCUGAAAUGUGUGUUAGGAUCUGUUCCUGAUGGGGGUCUCCCCACCUCACAACAAUACUCCUUGCUGAGCUGUAUAUGUGUUAUCCACUGGAAACAGCUCCUUUGAAAUAAAGUAAAUCUUUGGCUUUUUGUUCUGUUGGUGUGGUUCAAAGGAGACAAAUACAAGUUUUAAAAACACAACAACAAAAAAAGACCUGAGUUCCAAAUAGAACAUUUUCAUUAAGAGGCAUGAAAAGCAACUAUUGUUGUGUUAUAUUGUUAAAAAAUACUCAGUUUUCUUCAACAAAAAAGGAUGUGUACUGUGUAAGCCUUGCAAAAAAAAGAAGAGGCCUGCUCUGUGGCAUUUGAAUUUUUAUAAGGUUUCCUGUGCCAAAUAAGUGUAAAGAUUUAAUUUACUAUUCAAAACCAUAAGCAUAUGUUAUAGUUCCAGAAGAAUUAUUUUGUCAUCAAGUGAUUUUGAUCUUCAGUGUCAAUAUUUAUAUUUAGAUUAAUUUUUAUAAAUGAAAAUAUUUUAAUGGUUUAAGAAAAUGAGGACAAUAGCACCCUAUCUUUGAUGACUUCUGAAAGUUAUGCUUGCCUUCAUGUCAUACGCACUUUGCCAAGAUACU